AUGUCUGGGAAUAAGGAAGACACGCUGCGACAUUUCUGUGACGUUACCGGCGCCGAUGAAAAUCGUAGUAGAUUCUUUUUAGAAUCAUCAAACUGGCAAUUAGAGGUUGCUCUCUCAAGUUUUUACGAACACGGCGGUCAUAUAGAAGAAGCGCCCAGUGCUUCGCCUGCCGUUGGAGGUGUACAGCCAAUGUCGGAUAGUGAUAUGGAUUCACCUCCACGGUCGCCAGCGCAGACCAAAAAAAAAGAUAAAAAGAAAACCAACCCACACUUCGCGACAUUAGAUUCGCUGCAACAAGAAAGUUCCAGUGAGGAUGAAGAAACUCAAGCAUUCUACGCUGGUGGUUCUGAGAGAUCGGGCCAACAAAUUCUUGGACCAGGAAAAGGCAGAAAAGAUAUAAUUACGGAAAUGUUCAAAAGUGUUAGGGAACAGGGUGCAGUUGUUUUCGAUGAAGAACAAUCAUCAACAAGUAGAGGGCGCUCGGGACUCUUUGGUGGUGUGGGCUACAGGCUCGGUCAAACAGCUGAUGAUCAUGAACAGGUCACACCUGGAAAUGCUCCACAGCAACAGGGUGGUCCGCGCGUGGUUCGCCUGCGUCUAUACCGCGCCGGGUUCGUAGUUGACGACGGGCCCCUGCGGCUGUACUCGGAUCCUGAACACGCGCACUUCCUCAGCUGUAUACGACGAGGUACAAUCCCUCCCGAGCUACGCGGACACGGCGAGGUCAAGCUAAGUCUAGAAGACAAGAGGCAUGAGGAGUGUCCUCGACCAGCCUCUAAACACAUGCCCUUUGGGGGCAAAGGACACAUGCUGGGCAGCCCUACUCCGCCCACGGUGGGCGCUACAUGUCCUGUGGCAGCCAGCGGCGGAGACAGAGAGGCGAAUAUGAGAGCUGCACAGAACGACGUGCAACUAGAUGAUAACGCUCCUAUCACCUCUGUACAGUUCCGCCUGGCAGACGGCAGCCGUCUCACAGGUCGUUUCAACCACUCUCACACCGUAGCGGAUCUAGCGCGGUUCGUGGCCCGCGCGGAGCCGACCUACCAGCUGACGUCUUUCGCCUUACUGGCCGCCUUCCCUCGGGUGGAGUUAGACGAGACACAGACCCUGGCACAGGCAGACCUCUUGAAUGCUACCGUACUGCAAAGACUCAAGUGA